GUUGCUGGGUGAGUGAGUCAGGCUACACGACCAGAGCACUGAGAGAUAUCAGGUAUUGAUGUAACUGGAGUGAAUAAGGGAACUUUCUUCCUGAGCACAGACAUUGGAGCCUGUUAUCAGCAUGAACUCAUAUGUGUUAGACAAUCACUUGAAUAGUUCAUAUCCAUCCUUCACUAAAGGAAGCAUCAGAAUGAUACCACAAACUCCAAACGUCUUAGACACAAAUGACUAUUCACAAACAUUGGGGAAAUCACAGCAGAUAUUUAAAGAACAUGGUGAAUUGGCAGGAACUGGGCAGAAACCAUUAUGUACAGAGAGUAAUUUAGUCAUCAAACAAGAGGACAACAUUUAUGCCUUAUCUAGUGAAAUGAUUGUCCCAGAGGAUAAACCACAUACAGUUACUGAGUUUAAAGAAGAGAAAAGUCUUAAGUUUAGCCAAAUGAUUAAUACAAAGGAGAAACCUCACACAUGUACAGAAUGUGGGAGAUGUUUAACAUCUAAAGGAAGCCUUAUGUAUCACAGAAAGACCCACACAGGGGAGAAACCUUUCACAUGUAAUGAGUGUUGGAAAUGUUUCACAUCCAAGGCAAAUCUUAUAUCUCAGGAAAAGACCCACACAGUGGAGAAACCUUUAACCUGUACAAAACGUUUUACAAACACGUGUAAUCUGAAAACUCAUGUAAGGAGUCACACAGGAGAAAAGCCAUUCACAUGUACAAAGUGUGGAAAAUGUUUUACACUAAAGUGUAAUCUGAAAACUCAUGAAAGGAUUCAUACAGGAGAAAAAGCUUUAACAUGUACAGAGUGUGGAAAAAGUUUUAGACUAAAGAGUGAUCUAGAAACUCAUGAAAGGAUUCACACAGGAGAAAAGCCUUUCACAUGUACAGAGUGUGGGAAAUGUUUUACACAAAAGAGUGAUCUAAAUACUCAUGAAAGGAUUCACACAGGAGAAAAACCUUUCACAUGUACAGAGUGUGGAAAAGAAUUUACAGUAAAAAGUAAUCUGAAAACUCAUGAAAGAAUUCACACAGGAGUAAAACCUUUUACAUGUACAGAGUGUGGAAAAAGUUUUCCACAAAAGAGUCAUCUGAAUAGUCAUGCAAGGAUUCACACAGGAGAAAAAGCUUUCACAUGUACAGAAUGUGGAAAAAGUUUUAGACAAAAGAUUGAUCUAAAAACUCAUGAAAGGAUUCACACAGGAGAAAAGCCUUUCACAUGUACAGAGUGUGGGAAAUGUUUUCCACAAAAGAGUCAUCUGAAUAGUCAUGCAAGGAUUCACACAGGAGAAAAACCUUUCACAUGUACAGAGUGUGGAAAAAGUUUUAGAAAAAAGAGUGAUCUAAAAGCUCAUGAAAGGAUUCACACAGGAGAAAAACCUUUCACAUGUACAGAGUGUGGAAAAGAAUUUACAGUAAAAAGUAAUCUGAAAACUCAUGAAAGGAUUCACACAGGAGAAAAACCUUUCACAUAUUUAUAAAGUGGAAAAGGGUAUCCCAUGUCAGUCAGAUGCACGCACAAAUCCCACCAUGGACUGUGACAAGAUUUUUUCUGACGAUAAAGGAGAACUUAUUAUUCAAGGAAAGUAAAGCUCAAUGGGACAUUUUGACUUUUGAACGUUAUAUGUCUGCGAAAAUGAUCCCUAGAGGAUUAAGAAUUUACAAAUGUCCUACUUUUGAAGUUGAUCCUGGUGAUCUUGAGUUUAUUAAUUCCUGGAAUGAAGUCUUGUCAGAAUGUGCUUCUAAGCUAAUGCUUUUACUUGUACAGUAUAGAACACUUCAUCUAAAUUCUAUCAAAAAGGAAAUUGACAUUUUACAAUUAGAACUUAAUAAACGUAGUCAUGAUCCGGAAUUUGCUAAAUUUGACACCAUCCUCUAUGAUUCAGUUGCACGUGGCAAGCAGCUAAUCAUGGAGAAUAAACAUAUGAAAUUUAAAA